AUCCCAGUCCGAACGUAGUCUCUCCACAAUAGUUUCAACAAUAAUCUGAUUUUCAAUUCCAAACGUAAUUUUGUACAAAGUGAAAUGUGUUCCAGUACCCAAGAACGUGCCACGCGACCGCACGAGCCGGGACGCGUGUGCCGCGAUUUGCUCUACUCGCGAUCGAAGCAACCCAAUCGCGUGGUGCCCGCCUUCACCUAUCAGGCUCUGCAGAAGAACACGGUGGUGAGGCCUCCAGCAAAAAUCGACAUCUUUAAGCGGCGACCCGUGCGGGAGACUGUCUUCAAGAUCUACUUCAGUCGCGGCGACAUCCCGUGUGUCCUGGCCGGACGCAGCAACAAGCAGGAUCCAACCAAGGAUCGUCCCCUGCGCUGGACUUGCGUGCCAGAGGAGCUCGACUACUGCUACUAUCUGCCCAUCUUUGUGGACGGUCUGGCGGACAUGGACAGCGACACGCGGCUGCUGGCCAUCAAUGGAGCCAUCGAUCUGAUCAUGCGCUCGCCCAAGAAGGUGCUGCCCGUGCUGCCAAAACUGAUUCUGCCGCUGAAGCGGGCCUUUCAGACACGCGACAAGCGCAUCAUCAUCUCCGCGCUGCAGGUGGUGCAGCUCAUGGUGCGAUUGGGUCCCUGUGUGGGCCAGGCCUUGGUGCCGUUCUAUCGCCAGCUGCUGGCCGUUUGCAAUCUUUACAAGAACAUCAACGUGAAUCUGGGCGAGGGCAUUGAUCCGGAUCGCAGCAAGCGCAUUGGCGAUGUCAUCGAGGACACCCUGAAGCUGCUGGAGUACUGCGGCGGCCCGAAUGCCUUCAUCAACAUCAAGUACAUGGUGCCCACCUACGAGAGCAGCGUCUUUCCACGCUGCGAGCUGCCGAAGCCAUCGUAAACAAUUUUGAUUAGGUUUUGCUUUCGAUUU